AUGCAGCAGUGGCCAGUGCUGCUCUUCCUAGCCUGGGUCUGCUUUCUCUUUUUUGCUGGUAUCAGGCUCUUCAUGAGUGGCUUCCUGCUCACCUGGAAUGAGCUUGCCAACAACAGUUCCUGCUCAGACCCACUCAUGCCACCACUGUGGGAGAGGCAGAGCCUCCUGCUGGGCUCCUGUUGGGUGCCCCAGCGCUUUUCCAAGGCCGUGCUUGUCAUCAUCGAUGCCCUCCAUUUUGAGUUUGCCUGGUUUAACCCAGCCAAGAAGUUUUUCUGCUCAUAUUUCUUCCCUUCUUUUAACGUGAAGGAUCUUCACACUGUGGACGAUGGGAUCCUGCAGCAUCUCUAUCCAACUGCUAAGCAUGGUGAAUGGGACAUGCUGAUUGCUCACUUCCUUGGCAUGGACCACUGUGGGCACAAACAUGGACCUGAUCCUGAAAUGACUAAGCAGCUCACCCAGAUGAAUGAGAUGCUCAGGUCCUUGGUGGAUCACCUGGGGAAUGAUGCCCUUCUGGUGGCUGGGGACUAUGGCAUGACAGAGACCAGAGACCAUGGCGGCGACAGUGAGAAGAAAGUGAAUGCAGCACUGUUUGUGUACAGCAAAACACCCCUAUUUGGCACUGGCCCUCCUGAGGAGCCUGAGGCUGUUCCCCAGGUGAACCUCGUGCCCACUGUGGCCCUGCUGCUGGAUGCGCCCAUCCCCUACAGUAACAUCGGGGAGAUGGCUGAGCUUUUCUCCGAGGAUGGCGACGCUGUGUCUGCAGCCUUGCAGCAGCUCUCGGUCUAUCACAUCAACGCCAAGCAGGUGGACCGCUUCCUGCACUCCUACUUGCUGGUGUCUCAUGACCUGCCAGCAGAGCAGCUCCAGCGCCUGCAGGAGCUCUUCAGUGCUGUGGAGGAGCACGCUCGGGUCUUGGCCCAGGUGCAGGAGGUGAUACUCGUGCCUCCGGAUCUGGAGUCCAGGCUGGGAAGCCUCAUCGGUUGCUUCCAGCUCUACCUGCAGGAGGCACAGGCUGUGUGCACCCACUCCUGGGCCCGCUUCCAUCCCCUGCAUAUGGUGGGGGGCUGCACCCUCAUCGCUGCUUCCUGCUUGCUCUGCUACAUGGCCUCAGAGCUGGCCACAGCCUCUCACUGUUGGGAAAAUCAGUUCCUCUUUGAGUCGCUGGGCUUCUUGGUGAGCAGAAUGUGCCUCCUGCUGGGGAUCUCCUUGGUGAUGUGUGGACUGUGCCAUCAGCACCUGGUUCAGCCAGCUUCAGCUCAG